UUGGCAAUCAGCAUCAGCCAUAUGAGGCAAGCUAUCAACAGUAGGAUUUUCGGUUGAUCUGAUCCGGUUAUGCGUCAUUUUAAGCAAGGUUGUGUUUGGACUGUAGGCUGUGAGAGAAGCAGUGCAUCCUUUUCUUUCUGGGACUUAAAAAUGCUGGUGGAGUUGUUUUGGCAUCAGAACGGCUGUCCUUUGCCCCUGUUGUGUUAACGCCGGAGUAGACGCAUUAUUUCUGGUUUAUAUUGAAAACCGAACACGCAUAUUGGGUAGAAACGACCUGGAAUUCAUUGAGACAAGUUCUUUUCAAGAUGAGUGGGACCUGCUUUGGGAUUACCAAAAACUGAAAUUUGACCGCGCAGCAAUGCAAAUGUCUGUGGGAAUACUGCUGCUAAAUGCACGGUCAGUGACCGGAGUAAUUUUAAAAGAAAGCAAGUAUUCUUCGGCUUCGGGUUAUUAAAUGGUGCACUGGAUUUUUAAAAAUCAAAAUGCUGCUGCUUGUACUGGUAGCUUUCACCAUUCCGAGUUCUUCUUCUAACUCGGAUUCUGACCUCUCUGCGGAGACCUGCAUUGCUUGCUCUUGCAUGUCCAUCGAAAACGUCCUCUAUGUGAACUGUGAGAAAAUUGCUUUGUACAGACCUACACAACUGAAACCCCCUUCCUCCAGCCUGUACCAUUUAAAUUUUCAAAACAACCUAUUGAUAAUCCUUUACCCCAACUCCUUCCUCAAUUUCACUCAUGCAGUAUCACUCCAUCUGGGGAACAACAAACUGCAGAGCGUCGAGGGAGGGGCUUUCCUUGGACUGAGUGCCCUGAAACAGUUGCACUUAAAUAACAAUGAAUUGACUGUGCUCCGUGCUGACACCUUCUUAGGAAUUGAGAACUUGGAAUAUAUCCAAGCUGACUACAAUUUAAUCAGAUUUAUUGAACGCGGAGCCUUCAAUAAACUGCACAAGCUGAAAGUGCUCAUCCUCAAUGAUAAUCUCAUUCAGAGCCUCCCUGAUAACAUUUUCCGCUUUGCCUCCCUCACACAUUUGGAUAUAAGAGGCAACAGGAUACAAAAGCUAUCUUACAUUGGAGUUUUAGAACACAUCGGCAGAAUUGUGGAAUUGCAGCUGGAUGACAACCCCUGGAAUUGUACCUGUGAUUUGCUACCUUUGAAGGCCUGGUUGGAGAAUAUGCCAUAUAAUAUCUAUAUAGGUGAGGCCAUAUGUGAAACCCCAAGUGACCUGUAUGGGAGGCUUUUGAAAGAAACCAAUAAACAGGAACUGUGUCCCAUGGGAACUGGUAGUGACUUUGAUGUCCGGAUGCCACCUUUGCAGCCAGAAAAUGGACAAACGGUAUCUGAUGUUGAACCAACUCAGAUACAGGGCCUGGUUACCAAAGCACCUAGAACAACCAACCCCUCAAAAACAUUAGGGAUUGUUGCAGGAAAUCUCAACCAAAACUUGACAUAUCAGACAAGGAUCCCUCCAGUUUCUCUCUGCCCACUCCCCUGUACAUGUAAGGCCCAUCCCUCAGACUUUGGUAUCAGUGUCAGCUGCCAAGGGAGGAAUAUAGAAAAUCUUGCAGAUCUUAUGCCCAGGCCACCUAAUGCAAAGAAACUUCACCUCAGCAGCAAUUACAUAAGAGAUAUCACCCUAAAUGAUUUCAGAGGAUUUGAAGGUUUGGAUUUGUUACAUUUGGGCAGCAAUCAAAUAGUGACGGUUCAGAAAGGAGUGUUUGCCAAUUUGACUAACCUUCGCAGGCUUUAUCUGAAUGGUAAUCAGCUAGAACGAAUUUAUCCUGAAAUGUUCCUUGGGCUCACUAACCUCCAGUACUUGUACUUGGAAUACAAUGCCAUAAAGGAGGUAUUAGCAGGGACGUUUGACCCCAUGCCAAAUCUGCAGCUUUUGUAUCUGAAUAAUAACAUGCUGAAGAGCCUUCCAGCCUAUAUUUUUGCUGGUGUCUCUCUUGCCAGGCUGAAUCUGAAGAACAAUUAUUUCCCGUAUCUGCCUGUGAGUGGCGUUCUAGACCAGCUCAGAAGUCUCACUCAGAUCGACUUGGAAGGCAAUCCCUGGGAUUGCACUUGUGACUUGGUGGCAUUGAAACUGUGGCUGGAGAAACUUAACGACGGUGUAGCCGCCAAGGAGGUAAAAUGCGCAUCCCCUGUCCAGUUCUCCAAUAUAGAGCUAAGAUUACUAAAAAAUGAAAUUUUAUGUCCCAAGCUCAUAGUGAAACCUCCGUUGAUCCUGACUGGUCCAACUUCUGUUGUCCCCUCCAUGUCUCCUGAAGGCAUAGGUAAGAUGGCCCCAGGUGGACCUGUCCCCCUGUCCAUCAUGAUCCUGAGCAUUCUGGUUGUGCUGAUCCUCACUGUGUUUGUUGCAUUCUGCCUCCUCGUCUUUGUGCUGAGACGGGCCAAGAAACCCACAGGCAGGCAUGAGGGGCUGGGAAACCAGGAGUGCGGCUCCAUACAGCUUCAGCUCAGAAAACGUGAUCGCAAAUCUGCUAAAUCGGACGAAUUGGGUGGGGAGACUUUCAUCCCCCAGACAAUUGACCACAUGGGUACAAGUCACACGUGUGGGCUGAGGGACUCUGAGUCUUGUUUGGCAUUUGCAGACUCUCAACGGCUUUUCCUUAGAAGCGGUGCUGACAAGGACAUAGACCCGUUGGAUCCUAGAAACAGAGCACUGAGCACUAUUGAUGAGUUGGAUGAGUUCCUGCCGGGAAGGGAAUCUAAUAUGUUCCUUCAAAGUUUUUUUGAAAAUAAGAAGGAUUUCAACAGCAUAGGGGUAAGUGGAUUUGAGAUCCGAUACCCUGACAAACCACAGGACAAAAAAAUGAAAAAAUCUCUGAUAGGGGGAAACCAUAGUAAGAUUGUGGUCGAGCAACGAAAAAGUGAGUACUAUGAACUGAAAGCAAAACUUCAAGGUACACCAGACUACCUUCAAGUGCUAGAGGAACAGACAGCCCUUAGCAGAAUGUAGGCUACACAUUUUUUCCCACGGUGAGAAAAGUGCCUUUUUGACUUAAGAUUUACAAAAAUUGUCUGACUAUUGAAUAUCUGGACAUUUCCAAGA